GACAGAGUCACAGAGAUUCUUUUUAUUUUAUUUUCCUCUGUUAUUGUUGAUCUGUCUGUGCGAGAUUCUUCUUUUUAGAGUUCUCUGUUGAUCCAUCCAAUCGAAUCUUACGAAUUUGUAGAGUGGAGAUGAGGUCGCUUCAGACACCGGUUGUUUGCCCUAGUGUUCGUCCCAGACAAUUGAGUGUCUCUGCUUCUGCUUCACUUGUCAAGUGCUCUGUUUCCAAACCUAGGUUGCUCAGAAACCAAUUCUGGGGUGGUAAUCAGACCAGAAAUGUUAAGUCCCAGGUUGCUACAGUAAGUCUUGGGAGGUGUAAGAGUAUAAAAUGUCUUUUCAGCUCGCAUUCUGAUGGUACCGGAAGCACAGCUGAGAAUUUCAACGAGAACGAUGAUGAUUAUGUCAACUCUAGUGUACUGGAAGCUGUUGAGGUAAAGAGUGGACCAGAUGGUUUCAUGGUGAAGAUGAGGGAUGGUAGGCAACUUAGAUGUGUCCAUAACAAUCCUCAGGGAGGGAAUCUUCCAAAUUAUGCUCCACACUCUGCUAUUGUGCUCAAAAUGGAAGAUGGAACUGGUCUUCUUCUUCCUAUUAUCGUCUUGGAGAUGCCUAGUGUGUUACUCAUGGCAGCAUUGACAAAUGUUCAAAUAGCAAGACCCACUAUGUACCAAGUGGUAAAGGAGAUGGUCCAAAAAAUGGGUUACGAGGUUAGGCUUGUUAGAGUUACCACAAGAGUACACGAGGCAUAUUUUGCAGAGUUAUACCUUUCAAAGGUUGGUGGUAAUAAGUCGGAGUGUGUUAGCUUCGAUCUCCGUCCUUCAGAUGCAAUUAACAUAGCUGUUAGAUGCAAGGUACCUAUUCAAGUUAACAAGUAUCUAGCUUAUAGUGAUGGAAUGAGAGUCAUUGAUUCGGGAAAGCUAUCAAAGCAAACACCUGCUUCAGAUGGUUUAUUAUUCACCGAACUAGACAGGCCAAAUGGUCAGCCUUGUUUUGAUACAAAAGAGUUUGAUUUAUUGAGGAACAUGAUGCAAGCUGUUGAUGAAGAACGGUAUGAUGAAGCCGCUGAGUGGAGAGACAAGCUUGGCCAGUUUCAGGCAAAACGCAAAUUAAGGAAGUACACAUGACAGGUACUGUAAUACAAAGCUCAUCCAAUUGGCUUAAAUACGCAAACAGAAGUAGUAAUUAAUUUUUGUGUGUGUUUUCGGAGACCAAGCAAGGUAAUUGAUAUUAGGAUGAUUUUAAGUAAAUAAUAAAGAAGCCAUUGCUACCAGAAGUUUGAGAUCAAGUGGGUGGGAGAAAGGCUUCCACAAAAACAAAAAAUAUCUCUCUGGUAUGAUGGAGACUGGAGAGAGAUUGUAAAAUACUUUUCUCUAUGACUCUAUCUACACUUGUGCACGUACUGGUUGUUUAGUUAAUAAUUCUCAUGACAACGGACAAAAAUGUAUGUAGCGUGAUCGUGAUGUGUACAUAUUUUAUUACAUUAUUGAUCUUCUAAAAUA